GCAGUGCUCAUUACAGAACUGACAGGCAUUUCAUGACCCGGCCGCUGAUCAGACACCCGGUCAUUCCCUGUGAAAGGGUACCCACCAGUCUGGAACGCCCAUCAAAGACCCCUGCACCCCUAGAUCAGCUCUUCGGCAAGGAAGGCUUUAUAACAAGAGUCCUCUAUCAUCGCUUUGAGCGGUCUUUUCAAAUGAAGUCACUUUCCUGGCCUCCGUUUCUUGUCUUUCGAGUUGGCAUGUAGUGGGACCGAACAGCGAGGCCCUUAAUUCCGGUAACAGUCGAGGGACGUCUGAGGUUGAGGAACAAUCAAAGUCGCUAUCUCCUUCGAUGAUGACAAAUCCUUUUGAGGGGCAGGGGGUCUAAGAACACAAGCAGUGGCGUGGGUUCCGGACGGUGGGCCGAGCCUCACUGCCCGCGGACCACGCUUAUGCUUUGAAGGGUCUGCUGCGACUAGGUCCGCAUGUCCCAGAAAGGAGCUGUUCUCGAAUGGCCACGUUACCAGGUGGGAUGAUGCGCUCCGGCGCAAACCCGCCAGCUCGCAGCCCUGCAGCGCACCCGCGGCGGCGAAAGCGCUCCGGCUGGUUCCGGGUUUGGUGUCGAAUCAGCCGACGCGGACCGGCGCCGCGGCGCGGGGUGGGGAAAGUGCGGCUGCGCGCGCGCCGCGGCGUUUACGCGGCGAUUUCAUCAUGCUGGGGCCGGGCUCCGGGCGCCGCUUCCGCCGUCCCCUCCCUCCGGACCGCCCUGGGCCGCCGGCUCAUGCCCUCUCCGUGCCCGGCGCUGCUUAGAGCCGGCCCCGCCGCCGCUUCCCGGAGCAGCAUGGACGGCGCCGGGGCAGAGGAGGUGCUGGCCCCGCUCAGGCUCGCCGUGCGCCAGCAGGGGGAUCUUGUGCGAAAGCUGAAAGAAGAUAAAGCACCUCAAGUAGAUGUGGACAGAGCAGUAGCUGAGCUCAAAGCCCGGAAGAGAGUUCUGGAAGCUAAGGAGCUGGCAUUACAGCCCAAAGAUGACAUUAUAGACAGAUCAAAAAUGGAAGAUACCUUGAAGAGGAGGUUUUUCUAUGAUCAAGCUUUUGCUAUUUAUGGAGGUGUCAGUGGCUUAUAUGACUUUGGGCCAGUUGGAUGUGCUUUGAAGAACAACAUUAUUCAGACCUGGAGGCAGCACUUUAUUCAGGAGGAGCAGAUCCUGGAGAUUGACUGCACCAUGCUCACCCCUGAGCCUGUUUUGAAGACCUCCGGCCAUGUAGACAAAUUUGCUGACUUCAUGGUGAAAGAUGUAAAAAGUGGAGAGUGUUUUCGUGCCGACCAUCUAUUAAAAGCUCAUUUACAGAAAUUGAUGUCUGAUAAGAAGUGCUCUGCUGAGAAGAAAUCUGAGAUGGACAGUGUCUUGGCCCAGCUUGAUAACUAUGGACAGCAAGAACUUGGGGAUCUUUUUGUGAAUUAUAAUGUAAAGUCCCCAAGCACUGGAAAUGAUCUGUCACCCCCUGUACCUUUUAACUUAAUGUUCAAGACCUUCAUUGGUCCUGGAGGAAAUAUGCCUGGGUAUUUGAGACCAGAAACUGCACAGGGGAUUUUCCUGAAUUUCAAACGACUUUUGGAAUUCAACCAAGGGAAGUUGCCUUUUGCUGCUGCCCAGAUUGGAAAUUCUUUUAGAAAUGAGAUCUCCCCUCGGUCUGGGCUGAUCCGAGUCAGAGAAUUCACAAUGGCAGAAAUUGAGCACUUUGUAGAUCCCAAUGAGAAAGACCAUCCCAAGUUCCAGAAUGUAGCAGACAUCUAUCUUUAUUUGUAUUCAGCAAAAGCCCAAGUCACUGGGCAGUCUGCUCGGAAAAUGCGCCUAGGGGAUGCUGUUGAACAGGGGGUGAUCAACAACUCAGUGUUAGGCUAUUUCAUUGGCCGCAUCUACCUCUACCUCAUGAAGGUUGGCGUAUCUCCAGACAAACUCCGCUUCCGGCAGCACAUGGAGAACGAGAUGGCUCACUAUGCCUGUGACUGCUGGGAUGCUGAGUCCAAAACGUCCUAUGGCUGGAUUGAGAUUGUUGGAUGUGCUGAUCGUUCCUGUUAUGACCUUUCCUGUCAUGCACGAGCCACCAAAGUCCCUCUUGUAGCUGAGAAACCCCUGAAAGAACCCAAAACAGUUAAUGUUGUUCAGUUUGAACCCAAUAAGGGAGCAGUUGGUAAGGCGUAUAAGAAGGAUGCAAAACUGGUGAUGGAGUACCUUGCCAUUUGUGAUGAAUGUUAUAUUACGGAAAUGGAGAAGCUUCUAAAUGAGAAAGGGGAAUUCACUAUUGAAACUGAAGGAAAAACAUUUCAAUUAACAAAAGACAUGGUCAGUGUGAAGAGAUUCCAGAAAACACUCCAUGUGGAAGAAGUUGUUCCGAGCGUCAUUGAACCCUCCUUUGGCCUGGGCAGGAUCAUGUAUACUAUACUUGAACAUACAUUCCAUGUACGAGAGGGAGAUGAACAGAGAACGUUCUUCAGUUUCCCUGCUGUGGUUGCUCCAUUCAAAUGUUCCGUCCUUCCGCUCAGCCAGAACCAGGAGUUCAUGCCGUUUGUCAAGGAAUUAUCGGAAGCUCUGACCAGGAAUGGCGUGUCUCACAAAGUAGAUGACUCCUCUGGGUCCAUUGGAAGGCGCUAUGCCAGGACUGAUGAGAUUGGCGUGGCUUUUGGCAUCACCAUUGAUUUUGAUACGGUGAACAAGACCCCUCACACUGCAACCUUGAGGGACCGAGACUCCAUGCGGCAGAUCAGAGCAGAGAUCUCUGAACUACCCAGCAUAGUCCGCGAUCUGGCCAAUGGCAGCAUCACAUGGGCUGAUGUGGAGGCCAGGUAUCCUGUCUUUGAAGGUCAAGAGACUGGUAAAAAAGAGACAAUCGAGGAAUGAGGACAACUUUUGCAACUUUAGGCUACAUGUGUUAAUAAAAAUUUAACUCUCACCAUGUCCACUUUACCAAAAAAACCAAAAGAACAACAUUUGACUGCUCCCAGGGACUGCAUUUUAUUCUCAGUGGCUGCCUGAUUUUAUCCCACAAUUAAAGUUGCAGGAAUUCUGAACUGA